UCCCUCUUUAUCAUUUUUUUUUCUACCAGCAGGAAGAAACUGAAGAUGCCGUUCUUCAAAUCUGCUUCAAGCCUCCGCUCAGAUGGCAGUGACGUGGACUUGGAAGGCCUUGCCGAAAGCGAGUUGGCCAAACUCCAGCGCCAGUUUCGUCUCCUAGAAGGCAACCGUCAUGCCUACGCUUUUGAAUCCCAUGAAAUCAUUCGCAGGCAGAAGGCAGAGAUAAAGCGGCUGGAGAAGGAUAACAAAGAGCUCCUACAGAGGAAUACUGUGGCUGAGAGCAAGGCCAACGCACAGCAGGAAAAGGCCCACGGCGACACUCUCCGUUCCUUGUUGGGGCAGCGGGAUGAAGUGAAGCAGCAAAUAAUUCAAGAGAAGAAGCAGGUAGCCCUGCUUGAUAAAGAGAUCGAAAACUGGAACAAGCGUUUGACGGACCAGAAGCUGGUGGUGGGCACUGGGACCCUGAUCCAGGAACAGAAGAGCCAGUUGCUGAAGCGGAUAGGAACAGUUGAGAAUCAGCUUGACCGGACCACCACAGAAUUCAAUUCUCAGCUCGUCUUGAAUUCACAGCUACGUGAGGAUCUAGAAAUUCUCCGGCUUGAACACGAUCGCUUUGAACAGCUUUAUAAACGUCUAGAGACGGAGCUGUUGGAAACUCGUAGAGCCAUUGGCGCAGUCAUCAGCACAUCCUCUGCAGCCUACGAAGCAAGGGAUGAGGCACAUACGCGCCUAGGCCAGCUGCAGGACAAGGCAAAGAAGGAUGUAGCGCAGUAUGAAUCGGAGAUGAAAGAAUUAUGCCGCCAGAUAGAGAAUGACCAGCGCUUGAAUGAUUUCAUUUCCAUCAAGCUUCAGGAGAGGACAUUGACGGAGGAGGCACUAAAGGCCAAGAAAAAGAAAGAGGAAGAGUCCAAACGGAAAGACCCCGAGGAGGAGAUGCUUGAAUCUUUACACUCCACCGUGGAUAAAGUCCUGGAACACACGGACGCGCCAACCUUGGAUGCUGCAUUGAAUAUAUAUGUGCAAGAUGAGGAACGGAACUUUGCUCAGUUCAACUACGUCAAUGAUCAAAACGAUCAGAAGGAGCAGAUCUGGGAACAAAUCACUGAGCUCUACCACGAGAUACAGGAGGCGCAAAAGCACGGUGCCCAGGACGAGGGAGAGCAGCUGUUGCAGCUCAAGGAGGCCGAAGCACAGCAGGAGGAAGCUGUGCAAGAGGCAAACCGGAUUGAGCUGGCAUUGAAGGGUCACCACAAGAUUUGGGAGCAGCUCAAGAAUGCAAUCGAGGCUCUCUUUUGGAAACUGGAGUGUGAUUACUCAGUGCUGGAAAACAAGCUGGGGGGAUCGACGACUGCCCUGGACGAGAAUGUUGCGAUCUACCUGGGCUUGAUUGAACAAAAGACCAACCAGCUGUUGGCUAUGUAUUCUUUCGCCAAGGCUGAGGAAUAUGAUCGGCCCUACGACACUCUGGAGACAGUGCAACUGCUUCUGGGGCAGAAACCUGAGAUUCGGGCACAGUCUAUGCUUGUUCGGCCACCCACUGCUGGAACUGGCCACGAGCCAAUAACAGAAGAAGACCAGAGACCCUUAACUCAUGAAGAGCUCAAGCAAAAAAUUAUGAAUGAUAUCGCGAGCAAGACAGCAGCGCUUUCCAUAAAGAGGAACACACAACCUGAUUUAGCGGAUGAGCGUGGUGGAUUAAGUGCGGCCAAGAAACAACCUCAGGCCUCUUGACUGGAGUAGGAAGCUAUAUACGCGGUGUGUGUCACGUGCCACGCAAAAGACGGAAGCCAAGUUUGUCACUGGCAGGGUUGUGUUACGGUGUGGUCCGGCGCCACUGCCUUUACACCUGUAGCCUCUGCAGCCUUCUUCCCAUUUGGGAUGAUCGGCAUGCUUGGAUGUAGCCUCCAUCCUGCCGUGGAUCCCCAAAGAUCUCCCUCCUCCUGGUGAAACGCCCCUCUUCUUGGCUGCUCGCUCGAUCAGGACAGAUGGACUGUGCCAAUGAUACGUAACACAUGGUCCGCCCUAUCAACAACAUUAUUCACUCCCGUGGUGCCCACUUGCUUAAAUUCUUCAUAAUUUGACUCUAGAUCCUCUUGCAAAGAGAGAAUGCGUCUUUUUUUUAAAAAAAACCACCUCUGCCUGUUGUCAUGGUACAUCGACUUGCGACCUCUCUGAUAAAGGAAUCUAUCCCUCGAGUCUCUGGUUUAGUGAGCUGGUACUUCUAGAAGCCGCCUGGAGCAAGGGGGCCUAGCUCCCUGUCCUAACAGGAUUCACCAUUGGGCUUAGAAGUAGGUGACUAAAAAUCGGCUCUGUUCCCCUAGCAGCCAUCUUGUGUCAGGAAACCAGCUUGCUAGCUCCCUCAUGCUAUGAAUUGCCAGAGUCUAAUGAAGUCUCGUUCGCUGUCUUAGACAGAGUGGUUGAGGCCCAUGAAGGGUAUAAAGUGUCUGCUCUGCUGUGUGAGAGGAAAUUGGGUGUGUUCAAAGCAUUGGCCACACGUUUUAACUUCUUCUUUUUUAACCAACUAGCCUGUUCCUCAGAGUGUGUUUUUUACCACAUGGGUAUCUAAUAUGAGACUGUGUCAGUUCCACCCAGAGCGCUCGUUUACCACUGCUAAACUGCAGCGUCUUGAGUUUUGAAGAUUACAUGUAAAUGUGUAUGCAAAAAUUCUGCUUUUUAUGAUGAGGAGCAGUUUCCUCAAGGUGUGGGUUGUGUUUUUUUUUUAAAGUUUUUUUUAGCCCUGAUUUUAGCAUGAGUGAUUUAUUUUUUUAAUCCUCAGAAAGGGUGAUACUCCCAUCAUAUUCACCUCACCCAAACCCUCCCCUGCAGUGGCCCUCUUCCUACAGUGUUGCCAGAGAAUAAUCUUGGGGAAUCCAUUCCUCUCCCAAAGAUAAUCAUCAUGGAAAAAAUCUUGGUAGUUCCCGUGGGUGUGGAAUGUGGGAGCAGUCCGUGUUGGGGAGGCCACAGAAGUGGGUAGGGCCUGCCCUCUGAUGGGGGCAACUCAUGCACAGUCCCUGUGACAAGUGGAAAAAAAACUAUCGCGGUUUUUGAUUAUCAGUGUAAAUUGGAAACUAAAAUGAUUAAAAUGUUUAACUGGUGA